AUGUUCAUUUGGCCUCGCCCCGUCCAUUCCCGAUCGUCCGCUCUCUCCCCUCAGUACCUCCCAAGGUGGGUGAUAUUCAACACAAUUGCAUUACCGACACACCGACUCACUAUUCUUCUCCUUCAGAUGUACGCUACUCCCGCCAUCCGCGCCCGUCUGGCCGUCACUGGCCGUCGUGCCUUCACCACCACCCGCACCCAGAUGGGUAGCCCCUUCCACUACGCCGAGGGCCCUCGCACCAACAUUCCCUUCAACCCUCUGACCAAGCACUUCUUCUGGAGAUACUGGUCCUUCAUGGUUGUCGGCUUCGGUGCUCCCUUCGGUAUUGCCGUCUGGCAAACCUACAAGACCAAAUAA